AGAUGAACCUAAAAUUCGAAAUAUUUUUGUUCGUACUCAUCUUCGUCAAGAUUAAUUCUCAAGACGGACAAGUUAAUGACCCACCAAUAAAAUAUUGUGAUGACCACUUAACUCAAGUUGUUCGUUUAGUCUGCGCAGACGCUGGUGUCAAAUCUCUACCAAACAUAACAAAAAUAUGUUGCGAACAACCAUGUACCCAAGCUGAUAUAAAAUCCUUUUGUAAGGACAAAAAUGCAAAUGCCGGAGAAACCAUAUUGUUCGAUGAAAUUCCUGCAGAUGUAAAUAAUUAAAAAUAAAAAUUAAUAGUUAAUACU